AAAUGUAUGAAAUGUUGAGAAGUUUAGGCGCCGGCGGCCUCACAGAAAAGCAUAAACAAAAUGUUUUGAAUGAAACGCAAAACUUGAUAAAAUUGCGAUCAGAAUAUGUGAUUCAAUAUUACUAUUCAUGGAUUCAAUACAACUGUUUAUACAUUCUAAUGGAUUGUUUGGCCGGAAAUUUAUCACAUGUUUUACAAAAUAAAAGAGCAUUAUUUGGGAAAGUAAUGACUGAAUUUGAAUAUUAUAUAUCAUAUGAAAUAUUCCAACAAUUGGUGGAAAGUGUGGAGUAUUUGCAUAAAAAUAAUAUCAUUCACAGAGACCUUAAACCCGAUAAUGUGUUGAUUACUAACAAUUAUAAAAGUGGUUCUAAACCUAAAAGAUAUAUAAAGUUAUGUGACUUCGGUUUGUCUAAAGAAGUGCAUGUAUUGAGUGAUGUAUACAAUCAAAGUAUUGCUAAACACACCGCAGAUGUAGCUCUAUAUAUGGCACCGGAAGGACAGACCACUGAAUACAACCAUUUAAUAGAUGUCUAUAGUCUGGCACUCAUUGGAGCGAAAAUAUUUGGUUUUGAUUCCGACGAUAUCAGAGACGGAGUGUAUAUCUUGGUCAAACUAUUCUAUCGUUUGAGCACAAAGAUAUGUACAUUCAAUGUGAGUAUUAUUCGCAAACUCUAUGGGAUGUCAUAAAUGCAAAGCACGUGAUAUUUGGGACACAAACCCAUCACUCGUUGGCAAUCAUUUCAAUUGAUUUCCUUAUUUCACAGCAAUUGUUGAGACAAUUAUUACAUUGUAUUCAAGGAGUGGUUGCUUUGGAUAUAAGUAGUAA